UACACACAUUUUUAAAAUAGCUAAAACAAUAUUGGCUUGUUUGAACAACUGCAUUUCCAAGAACAUACGAAUUUAUAACCUUUUCUCUAAAGGGUUUGAAGACAUGAUUCAGUCUUUUUAUACAAGCAGAAAGAAAUUUAUCAUUCUGUGGAUUUUGCUUUUGCUUUUAGUAUUUUAGCAACUAAAGUAUAUGCCUAAUUAAUUAUAAUGAUGAAGAUGAGCUGUCCAUUCACUAGGAUGAAGUUCUCAUUUUCAAAAGACCUGAGUUAUCUGGAUUAAUAAGGUGCUGCGGGGUCUGAGGAUUCACAGCAUUAGGUGGUUUAUAAAAAUUGGCGUAGUUCUGCGGAGCUUUUGAUUAUGGAACCAGUCAUAUUUCCUAUUUAUUGUCUUUGGACUUGGGUGAAGGGGAGAAAAAAAAGAAACUAUUGGCUUAGCGGGAAAGGGUGGGAGAUCCAUACGCCAGUCGAGUUUUUAUUUUGGGGAUUAAAAUUUUUCACUAUUCCUAUAGUGUUAACACCUGACACUUUGUCAGUGACUAUUUGAAAAGUUGCAGAUACAGACUUUCAGAUUAAUAUUUCUAAAUUUAAAGAUGUCUUAAUGUUGAUUUUGGUUUUUCUAGAGAGGAUCUGACGAACUACUCUCAGGUAGUGUUCUCAGUAGUCCAAACUCUAAUAUGAGCAGCAUGGUGGUUACAGCCAAUGGUAAUGACAGUAAAAAAUUCAAAGGAGAGGAUAAGAUGGAUGGUGCCCCUUCUCGUGUUCUUCAUAUUCGAAAACUCCCUGGUGAGGUGACAGAAACUGAAGUCAUUGCUUUAGGCUUACCUUUUGGGAAGGUGACCAACAUCCUUAUGCUGAAAGGAAAAAAUCAGGCAUUUUUGGAACUAGCAACAGAGGAAGCCGCUAUUACUAUGGUUAAUUACUAUUCUGCUGUGACACCCCAUCUUCGUAACCAGCCGAUUUACAUCCAGUACUCCAAUCACAAAGAACUGAAAACAGACAAUACAUUAAACCAACGUGCCCAGGCCGUCCUCCAAGCUGUGACAGCCGUGCAGACGGCAAACACUCCUCUCAGUGGCACCACUGUGAGUGAGAGUGCAGUGACCCCCGCCCAGAGCCCUGUGCUCAGAAUUAUCAUUGACAACAUGUACUACCCUGUGACCCUGGAUGUCCUUCACCAGAUAUUUACUAAGUUUGGUGCUGUAUUGAAGAUAAUCACAUUUACAAAAAAUAACCAGUUUCAAGCUCUCCUCCAAUAUGGCGAUCCAGUAAAUGCACAACAAGCAAAACUAGCCCUAGAUGGUCAGAAUAUUUAUAACGCUUGCUGUACUCUAAGGAUUGAUUUUUCGAAACUUGUGAAUUUGAAUGUAAAAUACAACAAUGACAAAAGUAGGGAUUAUACUCGACCUGACCUCCCCUCUGGGGAUGGACAGCCUGCAUUGGACCCAGCUAUCGCUGCAGCGUUUGCCAAGGAGACGUCCCUCCUAGGGCUUCCUGUUGCAGCUGUUCCAGGAGCUCUGAGUCCUCUGGCCAUUCCAAAUGCUGCGGCGGCUGCGGCUGCGGCUGCAGCGGGCCGCGUGGGGAUGCCCGGAGUCUCCGCCGGCGGCAACACAGUCCUGCUGGUUAGCAAUUUAAACGAGGAGAUGGUUACGCCCCAAAGUCUGUUUACCCUCUUCGGUGUUUAUGGCGACGUGCAGCGUGUGAAGAUUUUGUACAAUAAGAAAGACAGUGCUCUGAUCCAGAUGGCUGACGGCAACCAGUCACAACUGGCCAUGAACCAUCUUAAUGGACAGAAAAUGUAUGGAAAAAUUAUCCGUGUCACUCUGUCUAAACAUCAGACUGUGCAGCUACCUCGGGAGGGACUUGAUGACCAAGGUCUCACAAAAGAUUUUGGUAAUUCCCCAUUGCAUCGUUUUAAGAAACCUGGAUCCAAAAAUUUUCAGAACAUUUUUCCUCCGUCUGCAACCCUUCAUCUGUCCAAUAUCCCCCCUUCAGUUGCAGAAGAGGACCUGCGAACACUGUUUGCCAACACGGGGGGCACUGUGAAAGCAUUUAAGUUUUUUCAAAGAGAUCACAAAAUGGCCCUUCUGCAGAUGGCCACAGUGGAGGAGGCCAUCCAGGCCCUGAUCGACCUCCACAACUACAACCUGGGGGAGAACCACCACCUGAGAGUGUCCUUCUCCAAGUCCACGAUCUGAGGCGAUGGAGAGCGGAGGGGGUCGCAGUGUGGUGUCAUCACCUAGUGACUGUUCAGAAAAGUGGGGACCAGAGUUUGAUUUUUUUUGUUUUUUGUUUCCUUUUUUUCCUCAUGCUGUUACCAUUCCUUGGUUCUAAAACGAAAUGGCGUAUGUAAAGCAGGGCUACCAACUGCUGAAUUCCAUCUGUUCAUAGGAAGCCAUUUUUACUGUCGAAAAUUUCAGUUCCAUUUUCCUUUCCUUUUUCAGCUUAGUUGACAUACGUGCCUUAAAGGAAAAGUAGUGUUGCUGUUCUGCAUCUACUAGGAGGGGGCUUGUCUCGGGCACAUUGUUACGUGGGGUUACACUAGGGUUAGGCAGGGGUGUGUAAAAAGGUUAAGUUUUUGUUUCUCCUGCUUGGAACUUACUUUGAAUUACUGGCUUGUCACAUUUCUUUCUAGUUUAUCAAAUAAGAUACAGGAUAUUGAAAGAAUAAAGCAGCAUUUUUUAGUUUUACUACCUUAGGCUUUAUUGCUUUAAAAAAACAUUGGCCUUUUGUAUCUCACAAUUCUGGUCUAGAUUCAGUUAUGAAUGUAGGCAUUAGUUACAUUAACAAGAUGCAGAGUAUUAAUUUCUGUAAGUUUGAGCCCUACGUGGAAAGCAUUGUGGAACCUUAACCUUUUGUACACGCUCUUGUGGGACGCGUCAUAUAACUAACUGUCAGCACUAAGUACUGUCUUGUUUGUGGCUGAAUAUUUUUCGUAGAUGUUUUUGAAGUUGACAUGACUUAUGUGCAUUUAAAUAUAUAUUGCCAUCCUUAGUUUGUAAUUGAGACUUGGACUAUGGUUGUGGAUUUCUGAGCAUGUGAAGACUGGUCUAGCUAGUUCAGGAACCGGUGCAUGUAUUUUUCAAAGGUAAAGCAAGUGCACUGCAAACAUUUGCAGGAAGAUUAAUUUUGUGGCAGUUUUCUAAAACUGACAACCAGGUGGGACCAAAGUUUAUGUGCCUUUAGUCUUAAUUUACCUUGCAUUGUAAUAUUCAGUUUUAAUAAAUCUUCAAAAUAUUUUGUAUUUAGGAAUAGAUCUGACUUUAAUAAAAACAUGGCUCAGAAUCUACAGGUCAAAUUAAUUUGAACAGUUCUUGUCGAUCUGAAUUGUUGAUUCUGUUUAAAUGACCAAUACUUUUUUGAAAUUGAUGUACUUAGUUUCAAGAUUCAUAGAUUCUGUUAUCUAUGUAGACAGAAUGGUCAUGUAUAUUUUCUAUUAGUUGAGUUUUUACAUCUUUAGAAAUGUAAAAUUCAGUAUAGUUUGAAAGCGGCACAAUUAAAAAUUACUUUUCUAACAAAGUCGGGAGGUUUGAUGGUGGUCUACUUUCCUUGUGUGUACUCUGCUCACCUCUGUAGCAUGCUCAAUAAACACUCUGCAGCUCUGUACUCACCUCUGUCUCUCUCUGCCUCUCUCCUCUCUCCCUCACUGUGCUGCUGAUGUCCUGUUUACUCUGCCAGGGUGGGAAAGGAGCAGUGGUGCCCAGUCCAGGGCUUUAUUCCACAAAUAAACCGAGAUGCUGUGAAAACUCACUAGCGGGUUCUUCUUAAAAGAUGGUGACUGCUUCCCAGGAGAACACGGAAUUAACAUUUCCCACCCUGUUAUAAUCUGCUGCUUAAAGACCGACUGAUGGUAGCUGGUGUUGUCGUCUCCCGGUAGAUGAGUGCAGUGCAGCCCUCUCUGGCUGCCUGGCCGUGCUCUCUGGCAGUUUCCUCUUCCAUCCUUUCUGUCUGCUGAAGGUCUCCUACUCAGACAGCCCUCCUGAGCUUUAAUAGCACUCGAUGUUGGGAAGACAAGGCGACCUGUCCUCUACUUGUGCCUUGGGUGGGAUCUUCUCACCAAGAUACACAUUCAGGUAUUUGAAACUUAAUGGUAAUUUAUGAUUUCACCACUUUCACUUUUUAAAGGAUUCUGAUUAAGGUCCUAUUUGUAUUACUCAAAGUAUUUUAGGUCACAUUUUUCAAACAGGUGUAUUGGUGUCAGAUAACCUCAGAGUUAAACAUGUUUCUUAGGUUGGUUCUGUGAUAAAAUAACUCAAUGCAAAUGUGUGUAGGCGAGGAGAGAGAGGGACUUGGGGGGUGUUGGAGAGGACUGAACAGGAGAUGGUCUGAGUGUCUGGAUGGGGUGCGGGUGUAGAGGUUGCCCCUCUCUGUCCAGAUAGAUCGAGUGCUCACUGAGGGCUGGGGUCAAGUCGGGUUGGUUACGCUCCCAGAAGCCCAGAGGAAGAAAGGAAGAGAGGGACACUGUCACUGUGAGUGGGUGUCUGCGUUAGAACUUUUUCCCCUUUUCUAUUUUAGCUUCACAGAGUGUUUUUUUCUUUACUCAUACAUUCUCUGUUCAAUCCAGCACAGAGUACUUUGGAAUGUGACUUCUGAGGUGUAUAAUACUGUAGGGUUUUCACCAGAUGUACCAAAAAAGGCUUCGCACAUCAGCGCUCACUCUUCAGUGCUGUAAGUUAGUGUAGGUUCACCUGUGUGGACGGUUCCAUAGAGAAAUGACCCCCCCGGAGAAGUCACAGCUCUGCACUGACGCGCGUUCUGCAGGUGGGCGGAAUCUGUGUGGCUACUUGUUAAAACUUGACUCCUUUGUCUAUGCCACUUCUUAUUUUCCUCUCUGGGCUGGCCUUUUUCGCCUUUUUCCCCAGCUUCCUUCUCGUUCCACUAGAAUCCAAGAGUUAAAUAAGCAAUUUUUUAAGAUGCCCUCAUCAGGCAACGUGAAGCAGUGUCAUCGCCAAGCCAGGUGAGCCUUUGAGUGGGAAGAACCUGCAAGACCACGAACGCAGCUGAUGAAGAGCAACCGGAAAGCUGGCUCAUUCAUCAGGCUCUUUUCCUGUUCGGCAAUUACUUCAGAAUCUUUUUCUGUGGUCAGUUUGUCAUCUCUGUGCCGGUUCGUAACCUGUAUCUGUAGCUGCCGAGUCUGUGACCAGCACUUCAGCCCGUUAGCUUCUCCACACCUUGCAACCAGCGACAGGCGCAGGAACUGCCCUUCCCUCAGCUGUUCACUGACAGGUGCUCGUCGGCUUCAGUGAGCCGGUCAGUGAAACACCUGCGAGCGCUGCCGUGGGCUGCGACCCUGAGGUUUCCCCACGGUGUUAUAUUUUUAAAUAUUAAAAAAGGCACCAAAACAACAGUCAGUUGCAGACUUUCAGGUUUUCCACAUAAUCAUGACCUUGAGGGGUGCUGAACUGGAGCUUUGUGCGAAAUUCACAAGCAUGACCACGAUUUCAAGCAGCGCCGUCUCAGGGUCGCCUCAUUGCCGUAAGGAGGCUGCCAGAAGUCUCACUCCCGAGUUAAACCUCAGGAAACCUGUUCUGCGGGAGGAAAUCAGCGCCGAAACCCCGCUCUGACUCGGGGGCUCCGGUUUAUUCCUAGGACUCCUGAGGAUGCCUGUCAAUCACAGAAGUUUUAUUGCCUAUUAUAUUUACUUUUUAAUAUAAAUUUCAAUAAAGCAUUCUCUGAGGCUAAUGCUCUGUA